CUCACACCGACACACAGACGCACAGCCUGGCGGGCGGGCGGGCAGGCACCGGCAGAGUCUCCCAGCCGCCUGCGCUCCAGCUCCGGCCCGGGGAGUCCCGGGCACCCUCGGAGUGCCGCAGGCGGCGCGCGCCGCCGGGAGGGAGAGCACGCGGGCGGCCCGGGGAGGCGAGGCCCCGGCGCGCCCGCCCUGCCAGGUGAACGGCGGCGGCCCCCACCUGGCGCCGCACCUGGGGCUCCGGGCUGCCGCGGAGAGAAUGUGCGCCGCCGGUGCGCUCCGCCCGCCACGUCCGGCCACCAGCAGCCGCCGCGCCCGCACCUGACCAUGGAGUGCGCCCUCCUGCUCGCAUGUGCCCUCCGGGCCGCAGGGUCCGGCCCGCCGUGGGGCCCCGCGGGACUGGGGCGCUUGGCCAAGGCGCUCCAGCUGUGCUGCCUCUGCUGUGCUUCAGUCGCCACCGCCUUUGCCAGUGACAGCAGCAGCGGCGGCAGCGGAUUAAAUGAUGAUUACGUCUUUGUCACGCCAGUAGAAGUGGACUCGGGCGGGUCAUAUAUUUCACACGACAUUUUGCACAACGGCAGGAAAAAACGAUCGCUGCAGAGUGCCGGCGGCUCCCUGCACUACCGAUUUUCAGCAUUUGGACAGGAACUACACUUAGAACUUAAGCCCUCGGCGAUUUUGAGCAGUCACUUUAUUGUCCAGGUACUCGGAAAAGACGGUGCUUCAGAAACUCGGGAACCUGUGGUGCAGCGAUGUUUCUAUCAGGGAUUUAUCAGAAAUGACAGUUCCUCCUCCGUCGCUGUGUCUACGUGUGCCGGCUUGUCAGGUCUAAUAAGGACACGAAAAAAUGAGUUCCUCAUCUCACCGUUACCUCAGCUGCUGGCCCAGGAACACAACUACAGCUCCCCCGCGGGCCACCGUCCUCACGUACUGUACAAAAGGACAGCAGAGGAGAAGGUGCAGCGGUACCGUGGCUACCCUGGCUCCCGCCGGACCUCCCCUGGCCACUCCCCAAGUCACACUCCCCCUGCGUCCCCGAGUCCAGAGACAGAGUACCACCAUCGAAGGUGGCAAAAGCAACAUUUUUGUGGACGACGCAAGAAAUAUGCCCCCAAGCCUCCCACUGAGGACACCUACCUAAGGUUUGAUGAAUACGGAAACUCAGGGAGACCCCGAAGAUCAGCCGGAAAGUCACAUAAGGGGCUAAACGUGGAGACCCUGGUGGUGGCAGACAGGAAGAUGGUGGAGAAGCAUGGCAAGGGGAACGUCACCACCUACAUUCUCACCGUCAUGAACAUGGUCUCCAGUCUGUUUAAAGAUGGGACCAUUGGAAGUGACAUAAACAUUGUUGUGGUGAGCCUCAUUCUUUUGGAACAAGAGCCUGGAGGAUUGUUGAUCAACCAUCAUGCAGACCAGUCUCUGAAUAGUUUUUGCCAGUGGCAGUCUGCCCUCGUGGGAAAGAAUGGCAAGAGGCAUGACCACGCCAUCUUGCUCACCGGAUUUGAUAUUUGUUCCUGGAAGAAUGAACCAUGUGACACGCUAGGGUUUGCCCCCAUCAGCGGGAUGUGCAGUAAGUACCGAAGUUGUACCAUCAAUGAAGACACGGGGCUUGGCCUUGCUUUCACCAUUGCUCAUGAGUCAGGGCACAACUUCGGCAUGAUCCACGAUGGCGAAGGGAACCCCUGCAGGAAGGCGGAAGGCAACAUCAUGUCUCCCACGCUGACCGGAAACAACGGGGUGUUCUCAUGGUCUUCGUGCAGCCGACAGUAUCUCAAGAAGUUCCUCAGCACACCUCAGGCUGGAUGUCUAGUAGAUGAGCCCAAGCAAACAGGACAGUAUAAAUAUCCGGACAAACUACCAGGACAGAUUUAUGAUGCCGACACACAGUGCAAGUGGCAAUUCGGAGCAAAAGCCAAGUUGUGCAGCCUUGGUUUUGUGAAGGACAUUUGCAAAUCACUUUGGUGCCACCGAGUGGGUCACAGGUGUGAGACCAAGUUUAUGCCUGCAGCGGAAGGGACCGUGUGUGGCUUGAGUAUGUGGUGUCGGCAAGGCCAGUGUGUAAAGUUUGGGGAGCUCGGGCCCCGGCCCAUCCAUGGCCAGUGGUCCACCUGGUCGAAGUGGUCAGAAUGUUCCAGAACUUGUGGUGGAGGAGUCAAGUAUCAGGAGAGACACUGCAAUAACCCCAAGCCUCAGUAUGGUGGCAAGUUCUGUCCCGGCUCUAACCGGGCUUAUCAGCUGUGCAACACCGAGCCUUGUCACCAGAGCAGCCUGGAUUUCCGAGCCCAGCAGUGCGCAGAGUAUAACAGCAAACCUUUCCGUGGAUGGUUCUACCAGUGGAAACCCUACACCAAAGUGGAAGAGGAAGAUCGAUGUAAACUGUACUGCAAGGCGGAGAACUUUGAAUUUUUUUUUGCCAUGUCCGGCAAGGUGAAAGAUGGGACUCCUUGUUCCCCCCACAAAAGCGACGUCUGUAUUGAUGGGAUUUGUGAACCAGUGGGAUGUGAUCAUGAACUUGGCUCUAAAGCUGUUUUGGAUGCAUGUGGUGUUUGCAAAGGUGAUAAUUCGACUUGCAAGUUUUACAAAGGCCUGUACCUCAACCAGCACAAAGCAAACGAAUAUUAUCCAGUGGUCAUCAUCCCAGCUGGGGCCCGAAGCAUCGAAAUCCAGGAGCUGCAGGUUUCUUCCAGUUAUCUUGCCGUUCGAAGCCUCAGUCAAAAGUAUUACCUCACAGGGGGCUGGAGCAUUGACUGGCCAGGGGACUUCUCCUUUGCUGGGACCACAUUCGAAUACCAGCGCUCCUUAAACCACCCAGAACAACUGUAUGCACCAGGACCCACCAAUGAGACGCUGGUCUUUGAAAUUCUGAUGCAAGGCAAAAAUCCAGGGAUAGCUUGGAAGUAUGCACUUCCCAAGGCCACGAAUGGAACUCAGCCAGCUACAAAAAGACACCACCACACCUGGAGUACAGUGCAGUCGGAUUGCUCCGUCUCCUGCGGCGGAGGUUACAUAAGUGUAAAGGCCAUUUGCUUACGAGAUCAAAAUACUCAAGUCAAUUCCUCAUUCUGCAAUUUAAGAACCAAGCCAGCAGUUGAACCUAAAAUAUGCAAUGCUUUCUCCUGCCCGGCCUAUUGGCUGCCAGGUGAAUGGAGCGCGUGCAGCAGGUCGUGUGCUGGGGGCCAGCAGAGCCGGAAGGUGCAGUGCGUGCAGAAGAAGCCCUUCCAAAAGGAGGAGGCGGUGCUGCACUCCCUCUGCCCAGUGAGCACACCCACCCAGGUCCAGGUCUGCAACAGCCACGCCUGCCCUCCAGAAUGGAGCCUUGGACCCUGGUCACAGUGUUCCAAGACUUGUGGACGAGGAGUUCGGAGGCGUGAACUCCUGUGCAAGAGCUCUACUGCAGAGACCCUUCCCGAGAACCUGUGCGCCGGCAUCCCCAGACCUGAGGCGCAGGAGGGCUGUGUGCUAGGACGAUGUCCCAAAAACAACCGGCUGCAGUGGGUCACCUCUUCGUGGAGCGAGUGUUCUGCAACCUGUGGUUUGGGUGUGAGGAAGAGGGAGUUGAAAUGCAGUGAGAAGACUUUCCAGGGAAAACUGGUCACUUUCCCAGAACGAAGGUGCCGCAACAUUAAGAAACCAAACCUGGACUUGGAGGAAACCUGCAACCGAAGGUCUUGUCCAGUGUACCACACGGCAGCUGGGUGGUACUCGUCGCCAUGGCAACAGUGCACAGUCACCUGCGGGGGAGGGGUGCAGACCCGCUCGGUCCACUGUGUUCAGCAAGGCCACCCUUCCUCCAGUUGCCUGCUCCAUCAGAAGCCUCCAGUGCUCCGAGCCUGCAACACAAACUUUUGUCCAGCGCCUGAAAAGCGAGAGGACCCGUCCUGUGUGGAUCUCUUCAGCUGGUGCCACCUCGUCCCUCAGCAUGGCGUCUGCAACCACAAGUUCUACGGCAAGCAGUGCUGCAAGUCCUGCACACGGAAGAGCUGAUGGCCACGUCCUCCUUGAUGGCUUCUGGCCAGGGUCUGACCUCCCAGCCUCCAGCGAGGAGACCAAGCACUGCAAGCCACCUGCCAGCUUCUGCAGGGUGGACGAGUGGCAGGCUGCCUCCAGGCCCCAGAUUCCAUCCCCAGAAGCACACGGUACCCUGAAGCACUUGAAAAACGGAAAGCGAUGACAAAUCUGACUUGCAAACAAAAAGAAAGAAAAGUCUUUGAUUUGCACUGUUAGGUAAAAGCGAGGCAUCACGCUGAGGUCUGUUGAAUUUUAAUUUUGACAGAGCGGGAAGGGACAGGCCCCCUUGACCCUCAGAGGAUUCAAUGGCAAAGACAUCUAUUUUAAAGAGGUCCUUUUAAGCCUUCAGGUCCAAUCAGAUAUGGAUGGAACACCUUGCCUGUUACUUGGAGUUCGCAGUUUGACUCUGACCAUGAACACCCGAACAGGGGUUGUCUCAAGCCAGACGGUGCUUACCAUCACGCUUGCUGCUGGACUGGCAAGCUUCAUGUUACGUUUAUUUAGCAUGUGUGUGUUGUUUAUUAAUUUGUUUAAAGUAUAUUCUGCUUAUAGAGAAAAGUCUUCAAGACUAAAAUGAACAACUUGAAAAGUGUUUAAAGGAAUAUUCUAAAAAGGAGGACAACACAGACUAUUUAAAAUCUCCAUGUAAUUGAAAUUCACACUGGGGUGGAAAAACAUCUCAUCCAAGGCAAAUCCCACUGCCCUCUACACAGUCCCCCUCCUGAGUUUUGGUGCUUGCUGAACAAUUCCGUGGGAGGCUGCUUUUCGGGGGUGAGAUGUUCAUUUCUGGUAAAAAUCUAGGACGAGCUAAAUAGCAGAACAGCCACGUCCCAAGGAGAGGAGCACGUCAUUUAUACUGCUCUGUACAUAUUAUCAGAGUGCUUGGAAAAUUAAAGGCUGCCUGUGGCUUUUCCUUCCAAUAGACAAAUUUUAAAUUUGCCCUAGGAUUUAGUUAACAAGGAAAAAAAAAAAAAAAAAACAGUGGCAAGAGAAAAGUCUACCAGUCUUCUUGCUGGGUUAUUAAUAAUCACGAGAUGCCAAGACCCUUCAACAACCCAGAGUAUUUUAACGGUAUUUCAGAUGAGAUUUUCAGUCAGCAGAGGCCAGCUGUUGUUGGGCAUUAAUAAGCUUAAAAUUGUUCUCAAUUGGAAAAACACCACACUAUUUUGCCAAAACCAAAGUAACUUACAAGACUGUCGCCCCCUGUAAUUUUUUUUGAGAAGUGGUUAUAAAAGGCAUAUUUGUAUAAUGCUACUCUAUUCAACUUCUUUGAUGAAUGUAACCCAAUUUUACUGCUCUCAGAAGUCUUGGUUCAGACAAGGAUUAGCCAGCUCAGCAUAACCAACUAGACCGUGGUUGGUUAAAUUUAGCAGCAUCCUUUGUUCCCAUACUAAUUAAAAUCAUGAGUUCUUGAAUCUCAGAGAAAGAGUGAUUGGGAGCUUCCCUCAGCCCCCUGGAGUAGCAGCCAAUUUAUCCCGGAAUAAAAAUGGUUCCACAGCACCACCCUCGUGCCCUCCCCCAACCGGCAAGUUAUUUGUGUCUUUAUAUAAUUAUCAUUUUGUUAUUUUAUGGAAAAAAAUUAAUUUAUUAAUAGCCUAUUAUGUGUGAUCACUUGCUUCACUGAGUAAGUGAUAUUCUGAGGAAAAAUGUUGAAUAAAACCCUGGAUUAUAGAGAAAAGUCAAAAAUAUAAG